AAGAGUCAAAGACUCGUUGCAAAUCAUCCUCAGCUAUUCAAGACCUAUCAUACGGUAGUACAGAAACCAUUCUCUCAAAAAACGAUCAAGAUGAAAAUUUAUGUGAUAUGAAAACCGUUCCCUCGGGGAACGAUCGAGAUGGAAAUUUAUCAUGUG